UGAUUUCUCGCGACACAGAUUUUACGGUCGCAGAUUGACUAGUCAAUGAUGUUUAGCUAACAGACGACUGGGUUAAAACCUUUUGUUUUUUACUCAGAAUAUCGCGAUUUAAUCGGCGUGAUUGCGCUGAGCUAAUAAAGACGUCAUUGCUCUUCGCCCUGUGUAGCAUCGGGGCUGGGACUAUUUCCUGUCGAGAAAGGUCUCGAAACUACAGAGGACGUUUUUGGAUACAGCGGCCCGCGCCGUCUUGUCAAGUCUUUUGCUCCCCCCUUUCGUCGGCUCUUUCCCCCUUGAGCAGCGUUUAAAAAAAAAAAAAAAAGUGAGAGAGGCCCCCCUCCUCCUUCCUCAUCAUCCUCCUCGUCACACAGCACCCGAGAAGCCUGCUGCAAUCCAUACAAGACCAGCGGCAGUCAUCGACAUCGUUCACUGCGCCUCUUGGGACGAUCAGCGUCGUGUUUAUGUCUUUAUUUUGCGAAAACGAGCUGUUGCGCAGCCGUUGGAACCUGUGUGGUGGAAACUUAGCCUUCAAGCGGGGAGCUUGCGGCCACGGCGGCACGGCGUUUUUCAUGUCAGAGACCGAGCGCGCUUGCAGUCGUUUAUGUCAUCCCCUCUUUUCCAGACAGAAGAUCCCGGAAAGUCCCCAAUCACGAUCCUCUUAUUUCACUGCUAGUAGCGCCGCACGCGUCGUCCAGCCAACAUGUCUGUCAAUGUCAACCGCAGCGUGUUGGAUCAGUUCUACCGCUACAAGAUGCCCCGUCUGAUCGCCAAGGUGGAAGGAAAAGGGAAUGGAAUCAAGACGGUCAUCGUCAACAUGGUCGAUGUUGCAAAGGCGCUGAACAGGCCUCCAACAUACCCGACCAAGUUUUUUGGCUGUGAACUCGGCGCUCAAACCCAGUUCGAUACAAAAAAUGACCGUUACAUCGUCAACGGCUCGCACGAGGCCAACAAGCUGCAGGACAUGCUGGACGGGUUCAUCAGAAAGUUUGUGCUGUGCGCCGAGUGCGACAACCCAGAAACCGACCUGAACGUGAAUCCCAAGAAGCAAACCAUCGGCACGUCCUGCAAGGCGUGCGGCUACCGCGGCAUGCUUGACACCAGGCACAAACUCUGCACCUUCAUCCUCAAAAACCCACCAGAGGCCAGCGACACCGGAUCCACCACCGCCAAGAAGGAGAAAGAGAAGAAGAACCGCAAGAAGGACAAAGAGAACGGCUCCGGAAGCGGAGAGGCAGGAAACCAGGAGAACUUUGACGCUCCCGACGCCGUGGAUGGAGACGACGACGAUGAGGACUGGGGGGAGGAGACCACCAAGGAGGCUCAGAGGAGGCGAAUGGAGGAGAUCAGCGACCACGCCAAGAACUUGACGCUCAGCGAGGAUCUGGAGAAACCUCUGGAGGAGAGAGUCAACCUCUUCUACAACUUUGUCAAACAAAGGAAGGAGAGCGGCGCGGUGGACGCGGCCGACAAGGAGAUCCUGGCCGAGGCCGAGCGUCUGGACGUGAAGGCCAUGGGCCCGCUCAUCCUCAGCGAGCUGCUCUUUGACGAGAACAUCCGCGAGCAGCUCAAGAAGUACAAGCGACACUUCCUGCGGUUCUGCCACAACAACAAGAAGGCCCAGAAGUACCUGCUGGGAGGCUUUGAGUGCGUGGUGAAAUUGCACCAAGUGCAGCUGCUGCAGAGAGUUCCUAUCAUCCUCAAAGACUUGUACGACGCCGACCUCCUGGAGGAGGACGUCAUCUUCGCCUGGGCCGAGAAGGUUUCCAAGAAGUACGUCUCCAAGGAGCUGGCCAAAGAGAUCCACGCCAAGGCGGCGCCGUUCAUCAAGUGGCUGAAGGAGGCCGAGGAGGAGAGCGAGGGCAGCGACCAGGACGACGAGGAGGAUGACGAGAACGUCGAGGUGGUUUAUUCCUCUUCGGCCCGCGAGCUUAAAGUGGAGACGGUGAAAAUGGAAAAGCCGGAAAAGGAAGAUGAAGACAUUGAUAUCGAUGCUAUCUGAGAUGCUCAGAGAAUAAUCUUAAUGAAAAUGAUUCUUUCUUGUUUUUUUUUUGUGGCUUUGACUCACGAUUUUGAAAUGGCUGAACUCAUGAAAUCUUGCCACCCUGUCAACAACACCCUACUCACCCCCGACCCCACCCCUUGCUUUGAGGCAUGUUCACGUAACCUAGCGCCCUAAGCUAACCGACUGCACAGCCACUCUUACGUCACGCCGGCGCGCGUCCGAGCCUU